AUGGCCAGCUAUGUAGGUGGAUUGAUCGUGUUGACAGUGGUACUGGUUGGAUUCCUUUAUUUGAUAUUCAGUGAUCAGACGAGGGCCGGGCGUCAGACCCGCGUAUUUGAUAUAAUCACAUCAGUGGCAUCAGCAUGUUUGAUGACACUUGGAUUCAUCCCACAGUUGAUGGUGGUCUACAGGGCCAAGUCUGGCAUGGGCAUCAGCAAACUAUUCAUUGUACUCGAUAUGCUUGGAGGCAUAUUCGCCAUCAUCAGUCUGGGCUUCCGCCAGCCCUUUGACUACCUGGCCAUGCUCACCUAUGUCGUCGUCCCGGCAUUCCAGUCCAUUCAACUGGCCAUGGUGGUAUACUAUGGCGAUGGCGAUGGCAACAAUGUCAAUGGCGAGGGCAAUGUCGAGAGCAAAGUUGGACGAGUCCAAUUCGAUAAUGUCAAGGUCGUCGAGUUGGAGAUGGAUAUGGAGAUGUCCACUCACAAGCGACAGAGCAUCGAAGAGGAAGAGGAUGAGGACGACUCAUUGGUUGGCGUUGGCGCUGAUGUAGUCCGACCAGCGCCACUCUCACACACGACGACCAUCAUGCCAAUCGAUAGUCUGAUAGCAAGUCGAGCGAUUCUCCAGCCAUUGUCAUUGUCCAGGGACUUUAACGAGCAGGUCAACAUCCGUGCACAUCCCAAGAUAUUCACAAGUCUGUUAAGCUCAUCGAGAAUAGUGCCUGCUGUUGCAACCGAGACUCAUGAGUUUGACCACAUCAUGCCAGAGUCCGAGUCCGACUCGGAGGACACCCAACUCAAACGCUCAAUCACUCUACACCUACAACAUCUACGAUCAUCAACAUCAUCAACUGCAUCAGCCAAAUGA